AAGGAGAUUUCUUGUCACAGUUCUUGUACCAUUUUUUCCACAACAAUGUUAUAUGUGUGUACGUUCAGAUUUCGUCUCAAAUCCGCUUCCGUCCAUUGAAACAAUGUUGUGACCGUGCGUUUCCGUGUCGUCCGUGUUUUGUUCCGUCAAUUAGUCCGUGUGGCGCCAUUUCGGUGCACAUUGUUUACGUCCCAGUUGUUUUGAUCCGUCAAGGUGAACGAUGGAUUUCACACCGAAACACCACACAACCACCGAGGAUUCCGGUCUCGUGUCGUCGUCGUUCGAUAGCUCCUUCAAUCAGUCCACCCCCAAUUUGGGUGCACUGCCACGCAAACGGAAAAUCUUUGCCAGCUUGGACAGCCCGUCGUCGCCGAAAUUCUCGUCCACUUUCAACGAAUCGCUCACCGAUCAAUUGAAAUCUGUUAAUCUACGGUCCGAAUAUGAGCGACACAGCAAGGUGUUCUGUGAGGAGGGUACGUUCAAGAAGAUACAUUCCACACCAUGCACUCCGGAGAAGCAAAUCAAAACUACAGACUCCCUAAGGAGGCCGAGCAGUUUCGUUAAAUGUCCGGAAGAAUCGCCUCUGAAAGAGGCCAGGAAUAUAUUGUAUCCCAAUUUGAUGCCCAGAAAGAUUCUGUCACCUUUAAAGUUCAGCUUAGACAAGUUCAAAUCUCCGGCAAAAAAAUGUCUGUUUGUCAGCCGACAAGAUUUGUUACAAAGAGUUAUCACCAAUGAUGUGAUAAUGGCUAACAUUUUUAAGUAUUUAUCCAAUGGUGAUAUUUUCAGAAUGACCAAGGUCAGUGAUUCCUUCAAAAGAUCUGUACUCAAGGAUAGAAAUGCCUGUAUUAGAUUCAAUGAUUUUAAAGAGAAGAACCGUAAGAAUAAGGAGAAUUACAUGAUAACGCCGCCUAGUUCGCCAGAAAAGGUUGAGGAGAGUCCUCCAAGUCCAAACAGCAGGAAUUUUAGAUCAUUCUAUAAGCGGGCCACUUCCCUUGACAAAAACCAGUCUCUGACAAAGUGCUCAAAGUGCCAGAAGCCAUCUGUGGUCCAAAACGAAGUCGCCCAAUGCGAAUCCCUAAGCUGCGGUCUGAUACAGUGCCUGCAGUGCGGCAGCUGCGCCUACAGACCAGAAGAUUUCCGUGACAAGUGUUCCGGCGCCCGUCUCGCUCCAGCCACGUCUCUCAACAAGUCGACCUUCGGCGACCUAAGCAACACGCCCAACUUCAAGGGCCGCUCCUUCUUGUGCAGUUCGAUGAACGAGAGCAAGAGCGAGAGUGGUUUCUGCUCAGAUUUGGAGCAGACGCCUGCAGUGAAGAGGAAUCUGUCCAUUUGCUUUGGGGAGAAGAAGGGACUGGCAAUUAACAACAGCAGAGUGGUGAUGCAGAAGAAGAGCAGCGUCGAAAGAUUGUCGGCACCCAUUGCUCAAGUUAUACCCAUUAAUAAGAAAGUUAUUGAAAUUGAGGAGCCCUCAAGUCCGCCGAAAGUGCGACAGUAUGCUGCUUGCUCAAAGCAGAGCAAGAGAAAUUUAAAAAGACUAACCAGAUAAACAUCACAGAUUUGUCUGUAGCAAGCUUUAAAGGAUGGUGUCUGUCAAACAUCGUACUACUAGACUAUGAAAUGUUUUUUAAACCUUUGUUGUUCCAUUUCCAAUUGGACUGAUUUUAGUCUUUUUGUCAAUUUUUUUAUAUAACAUCGUUUUAGAUGGUUUUCAUUUUAGUGAUUAAGUAAUUUAGGAGUUAAUUUAUUAUCCUAAUUUUUGUUGUGGCUAUACAAGUUAUUUUUAUACUUAUCUUUCUAGAUCUGAUGUAUUUUGAUACAAAUUCUUUAUAAUUAGUGUUUAGAAUUAGGUAGUUAUUUGCACAUUCCUGUUAAUACAACUUUUUGUAAAAUAUUUUUGUAAAUGAAUUUUUUAAAUAAC